AUGGUGUCCUACGCUUACUUCGGGCUGCGUCAAGCGCCUUGGACACUGCUAGUCCUCAUUUUCUUUAUCGAGAGCGUCAUGGGCAACUUCGCCAAGUCCUUCUACAUACAUUGGAACACGACGAACAGUAUAUUCAGAAUAGACAACACCGAUCAUGUUUUCGAUCUGAAUAAAGGGAACGCUCAAUUCGAGUACGACCAAGUGAACAUAAUAUGUCCGUUCUACACGCCUGGCACCUUCGAGGACGACACGGAAAAGUACAUCAUUUAUAAUGUUAGUAAAGAGGAAUACGAUACGUGUAGGAUAACGAAUCCAAACCCUCGCAUUAUCGCGAUAUGCGACAAGCCGCACAAACUAAUGUAUUUUACAAUAACCUUUCGCCCGUUCACACCGCAACCCGGGGGGCUCGAGUUCCUUCCGGGGAAGGACUACUACUUCAUAUCGACGUCCAGUAAGGACGACUUGCAUAGACGCAUCGGCGGUCGGUGCCUCAGUCAUAACAUGAAGCUCGUGUUCCGGGUCUGCUGCAAGCCCGAGGAACAGUCCCCAGUUCCUCCGGCCCAGCAGACCCCGCCGCCGCCACCGCCUCCCCCCACUUUCCCACCGACGACCACAACGACGACAACGAUCAAACCGGUGACGAAAAAGACGCACAAGUACGAUAAGACUCCGAAUGAGGUUGUGAAGAGCGAGGAACUGUCCUACUCCCGCGGGGCAGCCCUUGCGUCCUCGAUCGCCCUGGCUCUCGCUGCUAGUGCUGUGCUGGCGCCCCUGGCUCGGUGA